GCUUUGUACGUAUCGGAGGCGGAGCCGCAGAAGGCCCUAGCAGCAUGGCAGCUGGCGCAGCGGCCGCCUUGACGUUUUUGGAUCAGGAGAGCCGAGUCCGAGCUGGGGGUAUCGGAAGUCUGCAAGUCCCGGCCCCAGUCACUAUGGACAGUUUCUUUUUCGGCUGUGAGCUCUCAGGCCACACCCGCUCUUUCACCUUCAAGGUAGAGGAAGAGGAUGACGCGGAGCAUGUGCUGGCUUUAACCAUGCUCUGCCUCACCGAGGGGGCCAAAGAUGAGUGUAAUGUGGUAGAAGUCGUGGCACGGAACCAUGACCACCAGGAGAUCGCAGUCCCUGUGGCCAACCUCAAGUUGUCCUGCCAACCCAUGCUCAGUUUGGAUGACUUCCAGCUCCAACCACCUGUAACCUUCCGCCUGAAGUCAGGUUCUGGCCCUGUGCGCAUCACUGGGCGGCACCAGAUUGUUACUAUAAGCAAUGAUCUUUCUGAGGAAGAGAGUGAAGAAGAUGGGAGUGAGGAGGAGGAAGCUGAGUUGUGUCCUAUCCUGCCUGCCAAGAAGCUGGGGCGCAGGCUCUAACCCUCCCUGGUCAGCUAGCUGCCUGCCACAUGCACCAGGAGUGGGAGGAACUCUGAACUUCUAUCCUGAUCUUCUCUCCCCACUUGCCUAUGAGGUUGGAGGUCAGCAUCUGAAGCUCAGGACUACACAUUCUUAAUAUUUUUUACAUUUUUGGAUAAAGGUUGAAAUAAAAUGUGGAUGAGGUUUUUUUGCGA